AUGACUGCAGACACCUUUGACACGCUCAUACUGCCUGUAGUCGCUCAGGAAGAUGACAACUGGCUCAGCCGCAUGAACGCAAAUCCGCGGGUUGAGAACAUCCUGGGGCCUCGUGGUGCAGCCAUUGUGAAUGUGAUUACCCAGCGUCGCAACGUGUUAGCCGCAGAGAGUCGCAAGCUGACGCAUAGGGCACAACAAAUGGACAAGCUGCUGUCCUGGAUAAAGAAAGCAAGAGAAUGGGCUGCGCUGAGCACUCAGCAGGGGGCAGGAUUGCUGCUUUCGCAGCAACAACCUCCCCAUCCUCCAGUGACGAUGUCCUCAAAAAUAACAGGAACAAAGUCUCAAUUGUUCAGCUCAGUGUUGCCCCAAGGGACACUGCGAGGCAUUUCCCUGGACUCGAUGCAAUCCAGUCUUCCGCUAUUUGGAGGGGACAUAUUAACAGGGCAGCUGGAACAGCAACUCCUGCCAGGAGACCAGUCAUUGUUUACUUCAGCUCACCAAGGAAUGGUGCGCAUGGGCACGGUUAGCGCUGAGCUAAAGAUGCAGAGUGAACAGAUGUUUACCCAAGGUCAACAGUUACAAGAGGGACAUGGCAAUAAAUUCAUGGAAGGGAUGUUGCCACAGCAGCAACUGGCUCCCGGCCCAGUGUACCCUCCGUGCACCCCCGGAUGUGGGAUGCCAUUUGCAUCACAAACACAUCCCGCGGUCAGGGACAGCAUGCUGUGUCACCACAGUGCCGGCGUCGCUGAGCAUCAACCUCAACACCAGAGUAGCAGUUUUGGCGGCGGGCUGGCGGGCACUACCAGCGCCAAGCGCAGGGCGGUUAGCUUCCAAUCUGCUGACAUCCCUUUCCGCGGAAUGGCAGGAAGGUUUACCAACACAGGCAGGCAUAACUCCGGGAACAGCCAGCGACUUUCUGAUCAGACUGGGCGCAGAAUUCCGCCAAAUCCAGAAGUUCAUGACGUUGACAAGGUGGUUCAUCAAAGCAAUCCAGAACUUUACAAGCGGCUCUUCGGCGAUAAGGUGAAAGUCCAGCCUUAUGUCCCACCUUCACCAUUUUUGGAUGAUGAUGGUGAAGAGAGGCUGAAUGGGGGGGAACAACCGGGCCAGACGUUUAGGGGCAGCAAGAGUUUUACCAGUGGCCAGCUAUCAGCCCACGAAGUUUCUAUGGAUCAAUUGACCUUGCAGCCAACAAUAGAUGCUGGGAGGGCGACAGCGGAAGCACAAGGCCAGAGUAACCCGCUAAGCGAUGACCAGAUUGGUUUGACACUGAACAGCCAAGACUUUUCACAGGAUGUCGUUCUAAGCAACGAAAACUUUUUCGAUUGUCAAGGACGAAACCUAGAUACCCAAAGGGGCAAUAUGAAUGCUGGUGCUGCUGGCGUCAACCUGAGCAUGGGAACAAGAGCCACCAAUCCAGCUGAUGUCCAUGAUUUUGUGACAGUUCCAGCAACUCAUCCUGAUAUCGGGGGUCUGAAUAGAUCAUCGACAAUUGCACCAUCGCAAUCAACUGCUCCUACAGUCCAGGGAAGGUUGGAAGGUGUUACUGAGUCAUCCUUCACAGUUGUAGCUGCUGAAAUCUCGACAACUACCCAGAACCAUACACACUCAGUUGGCUCAGAUAAGGACAAGGAGCUUGAGAUAAUGAUGAAUCAGGCAAUCGAUGAGGGCUCUGGAUCACAAUAG